UAUUCUGUAUGAGGUUUGGUUUACCUGUGUUAUAUUUUGUGAAGGUAGCAUGAACUCGUGUCUUUGUGUAAUUCAAGAUGGCGGAAAGACGGCGUCGAUCUCGUUCCACUUCCAAAGAACGUGAAAGAACAUCGAAAAACGCCCGUGAGAGAGAACUACCCAAAGAAACUGCUAAAGAUACAAAACCAGGCAUCGACAGAGAAAAGACUUGUCCCCUACUGCUCCGAGUUUUCUGUAAUCAAGGACGUCACCAUAGAGUUGAUGAGUAUUCCAGGAAUAGUCUUCCUACCAAUGAACUUCAGGUUUACACAUGGAAAGAUGCCACAUUAAAAGAGCUGAUGAGCCUUGUGAAAGAAGUGAACCCUGAUGCACGUCGCAAAGGCACAGGGUUCAGCUUUGCUACUGUGUUCCCUGAUCAACGCCGUGGGGGCUACAUUAUGAAAGAGAUUGGUGUUACAACAGCAGGGCGGAAAGGGCCAGAUGAUGGGGUGACCCUAGAGUCCAAGAAGUUCCAGAUUGGUGACUAUAUAGAUGUGGCCAUUCAAACAGCAAGAAUGGAGCGCCGGGCGCGUCCUUACUAGUUCAUGGUAUCUCACCUUGCAGUGUAGACUUUUCUAGUGAUGUCCAUAAGGGGCUCAAUGUCAGCAUGAAUUUCUUAACAUACUGUGUGUCUAUACUGUAUGCAUUUCUGAAUUUUUUUUUAUGUUUUUCCACUUUAUAUGUUUCUAUUUAUUUUACAACUUUUAAGUUAGCACAUAACAUCUGGAACCUGAUCAAUACAUGUACAGUAAUGCCUACAUCACAUCAUCAGUGUUUUAAUAAAAAAAUAUAUUAUUUCA